AUGAGUUGUCAGUAUCAAGGUUCUGAUUGUGCCUGGACAUCUCUCUUAACCGACGACCCUGCAUAUCCCAUACCAGCUGAAUGGGUUCUGGAGUUAUCUCGCUCAUUUGUAGGGGAUUUAUCAACUAAUAUACCACACACCAGGGUCUUCAUUUCUUCCAUCUCCUGUCCUUGGGAGGCACAGCUACCCAUGUUUGAAGCAUUCUCGAUCCCAAUCUGGGUCUGCCAUGACAGAGACACUGCUGUUGACAUGAAGUUGCGCCAUUAUAUCCUGUCCCCAAAGCCAUUGAAGGCGCAGCAGUUGGGCCAGAUGCAUGGUGACAAUGACAGCGCCUGGAGUCAGAUGCAUGAGACGUGGGGUCAACCGGACAAUGGAAGUGAGAGUGUCGUUGACUGGGAUCAGGCUUGUAGUCAGGGCACCCUCAGAUGGGAUCUGGAUGGUGGAGCACACAAGCCCCGACGCGAGGAAAAUAAGAUGAAGGAAGCUAGUGAGACUCUGACUUACUGGCAGUCACAUCAGAGUUAUCCAAGCAGCAUUCCCAAUGGCGACUGGGAAGAAGAAUAUUUCCCGCUUGUUCCCGCUCCUCCUAGUCCUCCUCUGCCUCCUCCACCCCCGCCCUCACUGUCCAGUUUCAUGCAGGAUAUUGAGAACUACUUUGGCCAUCAUGGAGUUGCACCCUCACGCGCAGAAGCGCGUUAUCAAUGUUUCAUUGGUUACCUUGUUACCCUCCCCAACUCUCAGUUGCCUGACAUACCGUCUGAUCUCUGGGACUUAGGACCCGAUACCUCCCUGUCGGCCUUGAAUGCAAACAUUCGAGUUUCCUACAUCCACGUGUCCGAGCAGCAGUGGUUCUAUGACAUUGAGCCAUGUCUAUCAUUAAGUCUGGUCAUCUGGAAACUUGUUGUUCCCGACGCUGCUACUGCUGUGAUGUGCCUCCGCCGUGACUGGGGGUCUGACAUCAUGAAGAUCGCACUCAAUCUUCUCCAAACAGGAAUUCCAAUCAAGACAUUACAGUCGAUAGCAGUUCCACCUCACGCACGACGUCCACUUGUGGAACUUCGUACAUACUCGCUUGGAUCAAAGUGCCCCGUUUUUAGUGCUGUAUAUGCUGAUUAUGUUGUGUACAAGCAGUAUCGUCACAAGUAUAUGAAUCAGCCUCAUGCAAGAGCUGCACUUCUUCACAGGGGGCUCAUAUGGCGGCUGGCCUUACAUAGCAUUGGUUUCAACGAACUCCCCUCAGUCCUUAACGGCAUUUCGCGGGAAGCUGUACCAUUUGGCCUCAUGUUAUCUGUUAAUGGCCAAACUUACUUCGACGACGAGUUAUCAGAGGAGGUGGUGGAUUUUGUAUGUGGGACUUAUCACAUAUAUGAUAAUGAUGCUAAUGGUCCAAUGACUAACUCACAGUGGAAAACCUCCAUCAAGUUCAAUACAGGCACGAACAAAAUGAAAAAGAAUAUUGACGCGGCAUGCUGCAGUUUUCUUGCUACCAAAGCAAGCGCAUUUACAGAGAAUUAG